AUGUCUGACGCAGGAGAUGACAUUCAAGUCGACGCACCUGUCGAGGAAGUCGCCGCUGAGGCGCCCAAGGGCAAGCUUUCUGUUGAGGAUGCUCUUCAGCAAGUCCUGAAGAAUGCUCUCGUUCACGACGGUCUGGCUCGCGGUCUCCGAGAGUGCGCCAAGGCCCUUGACAAACGUCAAGCCCACCUUUGCGUCCUUGUCGAGACCUGCACCGAAGCCGAGUACAUCAAGCUCAUUGAGGCUCUCUGCGCCGAGCACAAGAUCAACCUCAUCAAGGUUGGUGACGCCAAGGUAUUGGGAACCUGGGCCGGCUUAUGCAAGAUUGACCGGGAGGGUAACCCUCGCAAGGUCGUUGGGUGCAGCUGUGUUGUUGUCAAGGACUAUGGUGUUGAGAGCGAGGGUCUCCAUGUCGUUUUGGAUUACUUCAAGAACCGUUAA